AUGCCCAGCAAGAGGAUUGUUCAAACGGUCAUGACAAACAGUAUUCUGAAUCUGUCAGCGGGGUCCUCCGUUGACGCUCCAGGAUUACCAUCGCAAUCCGAGAGCUUGAAUCAAGCUAUCAUGUUAUCAUAUGUCCAGGCCAGUACCCAUCAUCAUCUACGCUCCGCAUAUCUUGGUCUUUGCGCAAGGCAACAAUUCGAUCUCCCCGUUAUCAGUCACUACACAGCUUCCUCACCUCCGUACAAUCCACGCACUCUUAAUGACUGUCACCGUCCUUUCAAGCAGUUCCUCUCCAUCGACUGA